ACCUGCCAGCUGUUUAUAAACGCUGCAGUUGACUCUCCUGCCAUUGAUUACCAUGUAUCUUUGGCCCAAAGUGCUUUGCAGAUCUGCCUCACGCAUCCUGAACUUCAAAAUGAGAUCUGUUGUCAGCUUAUUAAGCAGACAAGACGUCGACAUCCACAAAACCAGGCAGGACCAACACAGGGCUUGCAGCUCUUGGCUCUCUGCAUUGGACUCUUUCUGCCCCAGCACCCGUUCCUUUGGCUUCUUAAACUUCAUUUAAAGAAGAAUGCAGAUUCCAGGACUGAAUUUGGGAAGUAUGCAAUAUAUUGUCAGCGAUGUGUAGAGCGUACCCAGCAGAAUGGAGACCGAGAAGCCAGGCCUUCCAGGAUGGAAAUCCUUUCUACUCUCCUAAGAAACCCCUACCACCACUCGCUGCCCUUCAGUAUUCCAGUUCAUUUCAUGAACGGCAUGUAUCAGGUGGUUGGGUUUGAUGCCUCUACCACAGUGGAGGAAUUUCUGAACACUCUGAAUCAGGAUACAGGGAUGAGGAAACCAGCUCAGUCGGGAUUUGCACUGUUUUCUGAUGAUCCAUCUGGCAAGGAUAUAGAGCACUGUCUUCAAGGAAACAUCAAGAUCUGUGACAUUAUUUCAAAAUGGGAGCAAGCCUCCAAGGAACAACACCCUGGGAAAUGUGAAGGCACCAGGACUGUUCGCCUUACUUAUAAAAAUAGGCUUUAUUUUUCAGUUCAAGCCCAUGGAGAGACAGAAAGAGAGAAGCUGCUGCUAGUAUAUCAGACAAAUGAUCAAAUAGUCAAUGGACUCUUCCCUGUAAACAAAGAACUAGCAAUGGAAUUGACAGCUCUUUUAGCUCAGGUAGAGAUUGGAGAUUUUGAAAGGCCUUUUUCAACUCCAACAGGGCAAGUCACUUCCCAGUCCAAGUUCAAUCAAACAUUAAAGCAAGUUUUGGAGAGAUUCUACCCUAAGCGAUACAGGCAAGGUUGUUCCGAGGAGCAGUUAAGACAGCUUUGUCAGCGAUUGUCUACAAGAUGGAUGGCUCUCCGGGGACACAGUGCUGCAGACUGUGUGCGCAUUUAUCUCACUGUAGCCAGAAAAUGGUCUUUCUUUGGUGCUAAAUUGUUUGCAGCAAAACCUCUGGCAACAUCCUCAGCAUCAGCUGAGAAGUCCUUCAUAUGGUUUGCUGUACAUGAAGAUGGCAUAAGCAUCCUAGAUUACAGCUCUAUGCGAUUAACAGUCACAUAUACAUAUAAGAGCCUGCUGACUUUUGGAGGCUAUCAAGAUGAUUUUAUGUUGGUUGUUAACAACGCUCAGAAAAAGGACAAAUCAACUGAGAAGUACCUUUUUGCCAUGACAAAACCAAAGAUUCUUGAGAUCACUCUACUGAUUGCCAGCUAUAUUAACAGCUUUUAUCAGCUGAAAGGAGCUGCUCAUCACCUUUCUGCUCUAGCAUUACUGACACCCCAGAGUGGACAGAAACUCAAGGAAAUGGAAAGUCAGCUACUUCUUGCAAACAACAGGCCAACUAAGUGUCCCACACUGUUAUGAAAGCAGUGUGUAUCAUGAUAAUGCAUCUUUGUUGCAG